AUGGUGCUUCACUUGCUAAAAAUACUUUUGGUGGUCUCUUUGACUACAGUCCGGGGUGAUAUUGAUGCUCUUCUAGCUGAUGAUUGUGCUGAGGAGGAGUGCCAAGUAGACCUGAGGCAAUUGCGAGGUGUUCGAAGUGCCAAGGACGUUGACUCCAAGGAAGAUCCAGAGGGAGCCCCUGCAGAAACACCGGAAGCCAUACCGGCGAAAGACACGCCUGCUGCUGCAGCUCCUCAUGAAGCCAAGGCCACCUGCACCUCCCUGGAGAAUCACGGCUCCUUCAGCUCCGCGAAGGUUGGGAUUGGUACCCCACCGCAAUACUUUAAGCUGGUGGCAGACACAGGCAGCGACAAUGUGAUUGUCCAAUCCUGCCUUUGCAAAGAACAACACUACUGCCCUCAAGACUUUGGAAACUGCUUCCGAGGCACCGGCCGUUCAUCCACCUUCCACAUCGAGAUGGACGAAAACGAGGAGGGCCAAGAGGGCCUCAACGGCUUCGUCAUGUCUUUUGGCAGCGGCGACAUCUUGGUGGUGAAGAGUUCCGAUGAAGUCGAGGUCGGUACAGCUAAGGCCUUCAUGAAUGAGAGCCUUCUUUUGAUGGUGAAGCAGAAAUUGGCAAUCCGUGGUCAAUUCGAGGGCAUCCUUGGCCUUGGAAGGCCACAUCGUGGUCCGAAUGCCAGCAAGUUGGUCCCAGGAUUCAUGAAGUUGGCAGGUAUUGAACGCUUCUCGAUGUGUUUCAACGAGCAGGGUCCAGGUGUCUUGGGCCUCAACGAAGCACCUAUCAAGGAGUCCUUGCAGUCAGUGGGCAAACUGCAUUGGGGCCUGGACUUUCGGGGUAUCACGGUCGGCGACAGCACCGAGCCACUGGACUUUUGCCAGGAGAAGAAACCGGGCAUGGACAGCGCUUGUGGGUUGAUUCCCGAUUCAGGCACUACUUUGAUCACUGGUCCGAAACAUGAUAUCGAGAAGCUUUACGAAGGUAUUUGCCAAAAGUGGCCGCGAUGCAAGGAAAUGCAUAAGGCCCUGCAGACUCAGCUGGAGACCGGAAGGGCGACGAAAGCACCGCGCGCGCUCAUCGUUGGUCACAUGCGCUCCAUGCUGCAGGCUGGAUCUACUCAGCCUAUUCCUGGCGACGUGGACGAUUAUUAUGACUAUGAUGAUGUGGAGGACUAUGAUGACGACUAUGGAGAGCCACUGGAGGGAUCAUACUAUUCUGGCCCAGGGCCAGACUAUAUGUCUGCUGGGCCAGAUGGAUCCUACAUGGAACCAGAUUAUGCGGAGGAAGAACCCUAUCUCGAGAGUCCUCCAGACGGGCCGGAGUAUAUGAGAGAAGGGCCUGACGGAGCCUACAUGGAACCAGAUUUUGAAGGUCCAGGCGGUGACUAUGGACCGGAUGGACUUGAUGGCACCUGGAUGGAAGGUCCUGAAGGCCCAGAAGGUCCUGAAGGCCCAGUAGGUCUUGAAGGCCCGGUAGGGCCAGAAGGCGCCGAGGGCCCGGAAGGCCCCGAAGGCCCGGAGGGCCCGGAAGGCCCAGGAGGCCCCGAGGGCGCGGAAGGUCCAGAAGGCCCAGAAGGUCCUGAAGACGAAGGCCCUGAAGAUGAAGAACCUGACGUGGUGGUCACGAUCCCUGAUGCUGGUGGAGUUCCGGAUGAUCAGAUCAUCCCCUCGGAUGCAGUACCAGAUGAAGCAGAGAACCCUGUCACCGGGCCAGAAUAUGGGCCUGAAGAAGAGCCUGAAAUGCCAGAGGCUAUUUCCAUGGCCUCUACGUUUGUUCUCCUGAUGAAGCAUUGCUACACUUGGUUAGGCAACGGCACAGAUCUUGAUACUGAGAUGCCAAACUUGGCCUUCGAAGUACAAGGCACUGCUGGAGGACAAGAGUCGCUCAAGUUGGAUCCCAAUUCUUAUGUCUUCCUCACGACAGUCCCAAUUGUGCACAAGGAAGUGGAGUACUUCUUGGGAUAUUUGCCUGUGGAGAUUGUGACGGUCAGGCAGCAGCAGGUGUGCAUUCCAGCCUUUAGCCCCAUGAACUACCGCACAAAGCAGAAUGGACCGGUGUGGAUCAUGGGCACGCCUCUCUUCUACUCCUACAAAGUUCAGUAUGAUCGAGAGCCAGAGCCUCCGACUAUGAGCUUCUCCACAGAGGGCUGCGGUACCUGUCACGAUGGUGUAGAAUCGCCUCCUUCGCCAAAGCAAACGCGGCUUUUGCAACAAUCCUCGGGCAUCGGACGCUUGCGAAAGUUGACCACACCGCCGGUGGUUCGCAAGAUUGACCCGAACUCACCGCUCUGA